AUGUGGUUUUAUCAUGAAGAAAAACAAUUCUGUGUUGCAUCGUCACAUUCGAGUUGGGCUGACAGCAGCUGCACAGUCCUCGUGGCCUUGGUGAGACAGCCCAAUAUUAAAGUGUCCACGGCUCUUCUUUACCAGGCUAGGGUUCUACAAUUAGAGGCCCUAAACACGACGAAGCCAGGGUUAUGGCUAUAG